UCAAAAACUUCGGGUUCAUAUCGGGUGCCGAGGAAAAAAUGAUUUCUCGCCUCCUUGCAUUUGUAUAUUCGCUUGACGAGUGAUCUAGAAAGGAUCUUGUGACUUUAGAUGUAUCGUUGGUCGUUUUCGUUGUGAUAUUCGGUUGGCACAUGAUGUUUUCUAUUGAGAAAUGUUCAGGGCGCAGUGAGGGAAUUUCCGAGGAUUGCGAGUUACUCGCCGGUGGUGGUGAAGCGAUGGGGAAAGAAGGUGCGGCUUCGGAUGAGGUCGCAUCGGCGGUGGCUGCUGUCUCGGACGAGAUCGGGGAUAUUUUGAAGGAUGAACUCGGGGACGCGGAUCGCGCUGAUCGUAUAGGAGCCGAGCUCGCAGACCUGAGCGCCGAACUGGGUCUCCUUGCCGGCUUAGCUGACGGAGAAGCACAGCCAGACUUCGCAUCGCGCUUCGAAGUGCCCUUCGAGUGGAUCGCGAUGGGGCACCGCGGCUCAGGCAGCGGUUCGUCAUCGUCGUCCUGGUCGGGGGCCCGCGGGGGCCGCGCGCGGCGCCCUCAGCGCCCCCAGCGGGUGCCGAGGCGCCGCCCCAUCGCUAAAGGGAAGGAGCUGUCCCGGCGGCUGGGCGCGGCGGCGGCGCGGCGGGCGGCGCGGGGCCGCGUGCGGCGCGCCGACGCGGCCUCCGAGGCCUCCGACGUCGGCGCCGACUCCGACUCCGACGACCAGUGGACCGAGCUCGACGACGCCACGGGUUCAUCGGACAGCUCCUCGUUGAAGGAGGCUUCGGCCCUCGAAUGCCACACUUACCACAACAAGGGCGCCGAGGCGGAGGCGCCGGCCAUGGGGCAGUUCCUGCUGCCGCUGCUGAGUGCCGACCACGCGCAGCCCGAGCCCGACCACUUCCUCAUUCGCCACGAAGAUAUAUUGCAGCUAUUAGCAUCAGCCGAAGAGAGCGCGCGCGAGACAGGCCCACUGUUGGACAACGAUUCUGUGGAGUCCCACACCGACAACACUGACGGCCAGUCGGACUACAGCGAAGAGCCUCCAGUCACUCCUGAAGAGGAGGCAGCACUAUUGCACUACGUCUGCGAAGCGGAGCGCGCAGGCUGCAGCAGUGCACCCAUAGAGCUGGCGGUCCUCGAGGAGUGGCUGCUGGGUGUAUACCACUCGUGGUGCGAGAUAUCAGCGCUUAUGUACACACUUAUCCCGACUAACAUGAGCGCGGAGCUGGCCCGCGAGGAGUGGGUGUACCGGGCGCGGUUUGGCUGCCACUGCCGGCUGUGCCUCACGCUGGCCGCCAGCGGGCCCGCGCUGCACGCCUUCAUACGGCUACUGCUCUCCGCGCUGGUGCACGGCGGCGAGGUGCGCGCGGCGGCGGGCGUGGUCCGCGCGCUGCGCCUGCGCUGGCAGGACGCGCAGCUGCACUACGAGCGCUGGGACGUGCCGCGCCUGCUGCGCCUGCGCCUGCCCGACACCUGUUUGUCGAUAAUCCACGAGCAACUGCUGCACCUGGCGGGGGUGAGCGACGUGGCGUCGCAGAUUGUGCACCAGGUCUGCCAAUGCCGUGGUGAUAAUCGCCCCUUGGAGAAACAGUUCGCAAUGGAGCGGCUCUGCAAGAUCCUGGAGAAUUUCAAAGCAGCUUCGACCAUCACAUUCAAGGUGGAGCUGGUCCCGCUUCCGGGCGGCGCGUGCGCGGCGCGCGUGGCGGCGUGCGGCGCGCGGCUGCAGCGCGCGCUGCAGCCGCAGCUGGCGCGGCCCACCGUGCGGCGCCUGCUGCACAUGCAGCGCCGCACGCAGCCCAGCGACCUGAACGCGUGGGCAGGCUACAAGCACCGCUGCGACUGUCUCACACCGCGCACCCUCUGCGCGCAACAGAGGAAACAGUUACUCAGGUUCUCGUUCUUCGGGAUGAUGCAAGCGGUCAACGAACUCAACGGAGCGAAGUCGGAGCAGACGGAGCGAGGGGAGCAUUCGGAGCAAGGGGAGAAAGCGGAGCAACCGGAGCGAGAGGAACAAGCGGAGCGAGGGAAGCAAGCGGAGCGAGGGGAACAAGCGGAGCAAGCGGAGCGAGGGAAGCAAGCGGAGCGAGGGGAGCAAGCGGAGCGAGGGGAGCAAGCGGAGUUACCGGAGCCCGAGCGCCGCGACAAGCCGCCCGACACGGAGCGCCCUGUCGAUACUGCUGGUAGUCGGACCUCAGAUUUCGAUGACAGUGAGUACAUAACAGUAACGGACUCAGACGCGAACUCGGGCACGGCGUCGCUCGGUCUGUCAACGUCGUCGUCCCUGGACUCCGCUUCGGAGCUGCUGUUGGCGGCCGCCGCGGCCGUCGAGUCUGGUGGUUCGGAAGGCGAAGCGGCUCCUGGCGAGUUGUGUCGCACUGUGCGCCACCUCAUGCGGUCCAUAGCGUCCAUCGAGCGGCUCAUGGACCGCGUGCUGAAGCACUGCGACGAGUGGCCCGCGCCGCACAACAAGAACGACCAUGAGGCCAGAAAACGCGUGGACGUGGGUCUGUCUGAGGUGGACCGGAAGCUUAUGGCCAUGUACCGACGCUUGCCGGAAGUGCAUCGGCGACAGCUGCAGGUGUACAGGAAGCAGAAGAAACUGUCUACGGUGUGCAUGCAGCUGGUGGGCGGCACGGCGCCGGCGCCGCCGCCGCCCGGCUCGCCGCCGCACGCCGCGCCCGGCCCGGCGCGCGCGCUGCAGCCCGAGUACCACCUGCAGCGCUUCCGAGAGGUCCGUCGCAAGGUGAUGCACAUGCGCGACCAACAGCUCUACUACCAUCGACUGCGGAUGUGGCUCGAAGACCAGCUCCGACACGAGAGAGAGAGCUUGCCGGACAGCAACGUAACCUUAGUAGAGGACUUGCCCCGGCGCAAGCGCCGCACUGCCUCCCCAAAACUGCCGCGCCUCACAACCGCCUCCAAACGGAAACUCAAACCAGUAUCUCCCUCCAUCAGCAAACCACAUAAAAUACUCCAAAUGCUAAAACACAAGGCUCCUGCUCAAACAACCGAAUUACUCACUAAAGACUUCAAAGAUGACGACGUGAAAGAAGCAGAUCCCCCCGAAGCGUUCCCUUUAGAAAGAGAAGACAACAUCAGCGAAACGGAGACGGUAGUGGGAGAGAAAGAGACAGAUAUGUGCAAAGACAUGAAGGAUUGCCUCGCUAAGUUCGCCAAUUUCGCUUUGAGCGCUGAACAAGAGGAUUUCGUUGAGAAGUAUCCGGAUUCUGUGAGUCCACCGCUGCAAGAGAUGUCUCCUACCACGUCGGAUCCGAUGCCUGUGUACACUGCGCCAAAACCCAGCCAGCGUUUGUUGACAGCCAAGUUACUAAACCGCCAUGUAUGCGAGGCGAACGAAUAUGUAGACCAAAAAGAGCAAACUCAACUAACCCCAGAAGUUAUGAACGUCCCCUUAAACGCUGUUAGAAUACCGCUUCUCUUUAAAGAAAUGAAAGAAGAAGGGAUAGAAGAAAUAAAGUUAACUGAGAAUGAAAACGCUGAAGUGAUCGUGGAGACUGGCAAAGAUCCUAAUAUAUACAAGUAUGUUUCAUUUGGUAUAGAGAUAAAGAAAGCCAUGGAAGAGUGCCAGAACAUAAUCAACUCUUACAACUGUAUGAAGGACAAAGACAGCAAGGAGAAAGAGGGUCCCGACGGCGCUUUAUCUCUGGAACAGAUCUACGAAGUCAUGAUGAACCUAGACAAAAACUCGGCCGAAUUUCUAGACAAAAUGGAUUCCGAUGAAGCUAUAGACCUUUCUAGCAACACCAAACUAGCGGAACUAGUCGAGAACAUGCCCCAGAUCCUAGCCAACAUGCCAGAGAUUGCGUCGAAGCUAUCCGAGUUUGCGAACGCAUCAUUCGAACUGCCAGAAUUCGCUUCCAUAAUGAACAAUUUGCCGGAAGUCAACAACGAAGCGCAAUUGACACCUGAAACACUGAAACAGAUUAGAGAACUGAAGUUAAAUAAGAAUAGGGAUAACGUUAAAGUAACCAAGAAUACUGCCAAACGUAAGUCGAACCGUAGGAUUAAGAAUAACUCUGACAGCAGCGAUAUAAUAGGCACUAUGACAUUUGAACUUGAUAGCAAAGACAUUACAGAACUAUUGAAAGACGAGAAAGAACUCCAGGCUCUGGUGAAGAAUAAAUCAAACAACAAAGAAGACUUCAAAGAUCUACUCUUCUCCAUAUCGGCACAGGUCGUCAUAAACAAAGUUUUCGAAUAUCUCAAGCAGAAUAAGAGUCCCGAAUUGGCGAAAUGUCUUGAAGAGGACAAGGAACUGUUCUCGCUACCCAAAAACAGUAUAAACUCGGAAAUGUAUUCCAAGGCUUCGACUCUGUUCGACAAUUCCGUCAAAGACGCGUUAAGUAUGGACGAAUUACGCGAACUAGUAAAAUCAAGGUUCAAUUCUUGGAAGCAUUAUGUUGCUACUAAGUUUAAAAGUAUACCAGUCGAGCUGCUUGAUAACGAAAUUGAAGCAAUGCUGGAUAAGUUCUACAGCUACAUCCAAGAUCUGGCUGGCAAACAGUGUGUUAACGAUAGCGAUAAGAUCAUAGAGAAAAUUGACGAAAUUAGAAAGAAUAAGGACGGAUACAGCUCGGAUAGCGAGUUUUGUCCCGCUUCCAAAGACUCUAUAAAACAAAUAACGAAAUUAUUAAGCACAUCGGCUGGUAACACAUUCGACUUGCUAAUAAUGAAGCUUUCGAACAUGCCUCAAGAUAAGAAGUCUUCAGUGAAAGGAUUAAAGUUCAAAUAUAUCGACGUGAUAAGACGGUGUGUAGAGUCACAACAGCUGGCUGGUUGGAUAUUACUGGACCCGGAGAUAGCUGCCAAUGUUAUUCAGGAAUUAACAGGAUUACCAGUUAAAAAGACUGAAGUUGUACCCGACUUUAAUACUAUGACGAAGGAGAAGAAACGAGACUACUUCAUAGAGAGGUUAAGAGAGAUGAACAGAGCUUACAUGGAGACAUUACCGAAGAAAGCGUUGACAGGAGACGAGUGGCUGGUAAUGCUGUACAGGUUAGAGCAGCUGGAAGAUAAGCUAGUGGACGCAUUCUCAAAAGUGACGCCCCAGCCGAAAUUCGGACAACAGAUACCUAGCGAAGCCGAAAUCCUAGCCGCUAAAGGCCUUAGCAAAAUCAUCGGGAAAGCCAAUGUGAGGAUAGUCAAAAAAGCCGAACCGGCAAAAGCCGACGCCGAACUGAAAACCGAACCUGCCGUCAAAGCAGAAACAGACGACAAAAAGUCCAAAAACGACGCCUUACUGGCCAAGUGCGAAGCAAUACUGACGUCUAAAGGAGAAAAGUCUUUACUAGACAGCUUUUAUACAAUCAAAUCUUACAUAACUCAAGGUCUCCCAGUUCCUGAGACUUACAAGAAGCACGUAAUAUCAAUAUGCUCGAGCAUCGACGCUAAACUGCUGGACGAAGACAUAGAGGAGACGUUCAAUUUGAAAGUCAACGAGGAAGAAGCCGAAGAUAAGGCGAACCUGUCCGUUAUAGGGUCGCAAAACCCAGAAUUACUAGCGAAGUAUUCAGCGCAAGCUUUGAGAAAUGCUAAGCAGACUUUGAACGCUGUGGCCUUCAAAAACAUGAUGAGGAACGGACAGUCGGAGUCAGAAUCUGAAGCCAUGUUUGUACCAGAAGAAGAUUGCAAAUUGACGAAUGAUUGCAUGUGCAGAUCGUGUUUAGAAAAGAGUUACGUUUACCAACUUGGACUGAAAGAGGGAGAGGAGAUCACGAAGAGGAACGCUAUGGCUCGAGCCAAGCUUGUCGCUAAGCCGCCCGCUAAAUGUGAGAAUACAACACACCAACAACAUGUCUGUAAAGUGGGCCACUCGCCGACCAACACGGCGUGCGCAGGCGACGCGAGCCCCGACCAGCCCUGCACCUGCUGCUACUGCACCGUCUUCGGCCAUGCCCCUCCGCUAACGACCCCCGUGCCUAGGAACUUCAACGAAACCAGAGAGAGAUUGAGAUCUAUUCUUAAUAAGAAGAAACAGAAGUGUAAAAAUGCUAACGGUGAGCAAGAAGUGCCAGUGGCCGCCCCGGAGAAAAAGCCGCCGGCGCCGCAGCCAGCGGAGGUCCCGCCGCGACCGAAGCCACCGCAGCAGCCGGUACAACCGCAGCGUAAACCCCCAGCAUUACCAAAGUCCCUCCCGCCGAGCCUGACACCGGCGCAGACGCUCGCGCAGCAGAAGCGACAGAGCAUGGAUGCUCAGCAGAAGCUGCUGGCGGACAAGAUGGCUCGCAUGGCGGUCUCCGACAAGACAGACAACAAGCCUAAGGCUCUACAACGUUCGGUGCCCGUUCAAGUGAACGUGCCGCCCGCUUUGAAGACUGAAGGGAAAGUCAACCCUAACGCCAUGGAACAGAUUCGCUUACAGCAAAUAAAACAACAACAGCAAGCGCAACUCCAGGCUCAACAAGCCGCGCAACAACAAGCCCAACAACAGGCUCAACUCGCCGCCCAACAACAGGCUCAACUCGCCGCCCAACAAGCACAACAGGCCCAGCUCGCCGCCCAACAAGCCCAACAGGCUCAAGCCAAGAAACCGGAGCCUAUAUACGACCUGCCAAUACACAACAAGCCGACGUUAACCCCGCAACAAAGACAACAGAUCAGACAACAACAGAUGCAGCAAAGACAGAGGCCGCAACAGCGCGCUGUGUCCUUGUCUAGCCGGGAUACCAGCGUGUUCUCUACUUCCUCGGGCUGUGAUGGUGAUUCCUGCUGGCGUGAACCUCGAACGGAGGAUCCACGUGAUUUGGACGCGUUACUGCAGUACAUAGAGGGUCCGGCGCGACACGUGGACCGCGGCAAGAAGCGAGCCAAGAAACUGAGACAGAAAGCCAAACGGAUGGAAUCAAAACUUCUGGAAGAAAAGGCGGAACUGGCGGCCGAACUGACGGAGAUGCGGCGCGAACUGGACGCGAUGCGGACUGCGCACGCGGCCGCCAGGAGGCGCGUCGACGACGUGCAUCGCCUGCUGGACCAGCACAAGGCUAAGAAGAAAGGCAAGAAAGCGAAGCUGAAUCCUGCGCAGCAAGCCAAGGUACAGCAGAUGGCUGAACAGCUUGGCGAGCUCACGGCGCUGCUCCAUACAGCCGCCAAGGAGGUGCACGAGUCGGAGAAGCAAGUGUCGGAGUACUCGCGCCGCCUGGCCGAGUGCGACCGCGAGCUGUGCGAGGCGCGCGCGCUGCAGGGGAAGGCGCCGCACCCGCUCGACCACGCAGCGAUGGUGGCGAAACAACAGGCGAUCCACCAACAGAUACAACAACAGCAACUCCAGCAACAACAACAGAUGCACCUGGAACAACAGCGGCAGAUGCAGCUCAUCGAACUCGAGAAGCAGAAGCAGGCUGCCAUAAUGAGCGCGGAGGGCGCGGGCAUGGUGCGCGUGCGCCGCGUGGGCGACGGCGCGGCGGGGGGGCCGCUGGCGCAGCUGCUGCACAACAACCGGCACCUCACUGUGCUGAACGUAUGCGAGCCGCCUCAACAGAAGCAACCGGCGGAGAAGAAACAGACGUGGGAGCAGGCUCUGGCGCACAUCAACCAGCUCGCCAAGAGCUCCAAAGAGAAGAAGAAGAAGGAAAAGGAGGCCCAAGCCAAGGCGGAGCCCAAACAGAAGGAGGCUCAGCGAUCGACGUCCCUACCUGACACCUCGCAGCCGCUAUCCAAAAAGCAGAGGAAGCUGCUCGCGAAACAACAGGCUGAAGAAGAGGAAAGGCGGAAACAGCAGGAGCUAGAAGCCAAAGCGAAGAAAGAUAACGUCAGGAAGCAAGAAGCGUCCAAAGCGCAAGACAGCAAGAAAGAUAAGAAAACAGAAGUUAAGAAACAGGAGCCCGUGAAGAAGAAGGAAGAGAAGAAAGACGCUAAGAAGGAAACGAAGGAGAAGAAAGGAAAGGAGAACAAACAGGAGAAGACUGCCGCGGUCCCCACAAGGCCGAACAAGCAGCCGCCGCCGGCGCCGCUAAAAAAAGAAAAGAAAAAGGAGUCCCGGCCCGCCGCUCCGGACGGCCCCGCCGUCGAGGUCAUUACCAACAAGGUGUGUGCUUGUCCGCAGGGCGGGGCCCCGCCCCCGGCGGGCGGCUGCAGCAUCAUGGAGCAGCUGUCGUGCGGCGUGCAGGUGGCCGACCUGCGGCUGCCGCCCGGCAUCACGCUCACGCGCGUGCACGCCGCGCACGCCAGGGACGCGCCCCACAUACGCAGCGUGCCGGCGUGGAAGUGCAGCUCGCUGGAGUCUGCGCCCACGCCGCCCGUGCUGCACGACCAGAACAUGAUGGUGUUCGCGGCGCCACGAGCUGAACAACCAAAAACAAUCAUAAUCCCCGAGCCGGCGCCGCCAGCCAAGUCCAAGAAAGCCAAAAAGAAGGCGAAGAAAGCAGCAGCAGAGGAGCCAAAGGCAGAUGGAACCAAAAUGGUCACUCUGCGCAACCCGAUGUUCCACCCCAACCUGCCACCGGUCCAAAUCACCAACCCGGUGCAGAAGAAGCAAGAGAUAAGAAUCCCCGAUCCGAUUCCAAUGCCACCCAACGCCUGCCAGGCAACGAUAACACCAACCUCAAACGGAAUGUACACGAUCAGAAACCCACUAAUGUCCAUGAUGCACCAGCAAAGUUUAAUGGGUAUUCGGAACCAAUCUCCGCAAAUGAAUCCCUUGUACGGGCAACCUCAGUAUAACUAUGUCAACCCGAACGUGUAUACUCCGGUGCAACCAGUCCCCCAAACAUAUGUGAUAGACCCUUCAAGAAAUUCUCCAAAGAGCGAUGAGUUCCAAGCCAGGAUCAUGAAUUUGGCAUCGUUCACACAGAAAAAUGAUGAAGGUUAUUCCCUAUUCAAGACAUCAGAUGAUAAUCAGCAACGGAACUUCCUCGCUCCGGAAUACUUUGAAAACAAUAGUCCUAAGCCAACGGUGUCACCCAACCCUAUAGGGACGAGACCUACCAACGAUUCAAACCGUUCCUUUGACUCUGACUCCUCAUUGUUUGCCAACCCAAUACAACGACCGGAGCCAAUUGGCACUCCGUUGAAACGAGAGGAGGAACGGAGUGACUACAGUAGUCUGUACACUCCAUUUGGACAAGAAGACAGGAACGUGUUCAGAAAUGCACUAUUCAACGAUAAGAAUGAGUCAAAUCUUGGGAAGGGUGACGAAGGGAUGAAUCAUUUGUCCAACGGUGAUUCGUUGCCAUAUUUCCAAAGGUUGAGAGUUGGGUCGAAGUUGAACAAUGAGGUGACUAUCCACCACGUCACCGAGUCCAAGUUUCACAAGGGGCAGGAGCAAUGCGGCCCGGUAGAAGGCGAGUCCCUGUUCUCGCGGCCCGCGCCCGCCUGGCCGGAAACCCUAUACUCGCCCGCCUACACCAACAACAGCACUGCGGCGCCGGCGGGCGGCUCGCCCACGCCGGCGGGGCCGCGCGGGCCUUCGCCCGACCCUCCGCGCCGCGCGCACGAAUCCAGCGUGUUCCUCCCGGACCGCAGCAUCACAAACCUGUCUACCCUGGAGGUGUCGGAGCGCGAGAUUGAGUCGUUCAAGCGGUUCGACUUCUACUUCGAGCCUCCACACCACAAACCCAAGGUGCAACUGGAUGUGAGGGACAUCGCAGCCACAUUGAGACACAACCAUAAAUAAAUAGUUACGUACAUGUGUUAGCGACACCGUAACUAAUACUCAGGGGGAUGAUUCAGACCAUGAUUCUGAGUUAAUGUAAUCUGGAAUUAUCUAUCGCAAAGUCAAAAAGUCACAGUCAAAGUAUUUAUUGCACACCUUAAGGUAAACAGUUGUUAUAAAAUAUUAUUUAUAUAUACACAUAUAGACCAGGGAGGGUAUAGCAAAAACAUGAAAAAAUAACAAGAAGCCAGAAAUACAAAAAAAAAGAUAAAAGUAAUAAGUACUAAACAUUAAACAAAUUUAAUCAAAUAUAACUAUAACAUAAACAUGAACAGCCUAUAUACGUUCCACUGCUGGGCACAGCAGCUCAGCUGGGGUUGUCCCGAUGGGGACAUUGUCGAAAUCACUCUGUGAGACUGUCCUUUGUUUGGUAAGGACUCUUCAGGCUUGAAUUGGGUCGUGUACUAGGUUCAAGAUAAAUUAUGAAAUUCUGAUUACUAAAUAAAGACACAUCUAAAACUAACGAAAAACAUUUUCUUUUUUCUAUUAAACUUAUUUAUGAAUUUUAAUCAAGAAAAACGUAAUAAUAAGUCCGACAUUUUGUCACGUUUUUCUAUGACGUCACAGAGUGCUUUUUCAUACAAAUUCCAUAGUAAUUUCGUGUUUUGACGUUUAGUAAAAAGUAACUGAUUUGACUAGUUGGGAACUAGCCUAUUAUCUGAUUGUCCGAAAAUAACUAUGUAAAGCUAAGAAAGAAAAACAAAUAAUUAAAAAAAGACAUGAGUUUAGCGUCGGAAAAUUCCUGAUAUCAACUCAGAAUCAUGGUCUGAAUCAUCCCCCUCAGUAUUUGUUACGAUGUCGCUAACACCCUUUAUGCCAAUGAAUAUGUGAAUGAUUGUCGGCGAAUUAAAUCAAAACAAAUAUUCUAUAUAAUAUCACAAAAUCAUAGUGUUAUAUUUAAUCCGUAAAGAUUGGGAAAGAAGAAACUUAGAAAAACUUUUUUUCAAUCAAAGCAGCUUUUUUUCAGCUGGAAGCUUUUAUUUUUCGUAACUCAUCCUUCAGACGGGAUACAAUCCACGUUGCUCCAAAUUGUAUAGCAAUUUACGAAUUUUAGCUGGACAGAAACGGGAACGGGACAGUUGCUUUCUUCAUUGGAUAAUCUAAAUAAUUAAUACGAAGUGGUGUUUUGUGGUUAAUGAUCGCAUUAAGUUAGUCGGAAGACAUUCGCGAGUGUUAUUAUAUCAGAGUAUUCAAUAAACAAAGUGUAUCUGCCUAUUUUCGCUUCGUGCCAAGAAGCCGCUUCAUAACUCGAAAGUUUAUGCGGACUUUUGAGUUAAUUCGUUUGGGGUUCGGAGUAGGAGACUACUCCGAGGGUGGGGGCUUAGGUUUCAUCAUCAUCACCUUUCAUCAUUUCAUCAAUCAUCAAGAAAAAAAAUACGUAAGACAUGGCUGUAUGGGCAUAGUUCCCUUUGCCUUACCCUUCGGGGAAAACCAAAUCAAAAAAAAAUAUGGAGAACUGUCACAAUUUAGGAACACUCAACAGUGCUGUCACCUACAUUUAAGCUUCUAGUUUUUAUUGUCAUUUCAGUAAUUUGGCUGCCUAAUAUCGGUAUAUAGAGUUCAGGUUGAUCCCUAUUGUGCCAGAUUUUCCACUAUUUACCAGACUGCGACGAAGCAAAAAUGAGGGUUAUUCACACAAUUCGCCGACGAACAUUCACAUACCAUAACCAUCUUCAGACUUUAGUAUGUUCACAAAUAUCUUUUGACUUUUCUUUAUACGAGAUAUCAAUGUAAUUUCUCUUCGCAUAAAGCUGUACGGGGUUUUUGUUUAGAUGGACGUCUUAUUUUUGAAUGAUAUUUAAUAAAUAAGUAAUAAAAAAAAACAUUCAUGCAAUCAAACCGUAAAAUGGUAUAUUAUCUGUUUCGCCAUGAAGUCACUAGAUGUCGCUACUGUACAUGCUUACAUAUGACAAUAAGCGCCAUCUAGUGACGGUGUGUCGUAUCAUUAUGAACAUUUUGGCGGUUUGUACAAAUUAUCAACUUCUGUCUGUUCGUCUAAAUAGUUUCAUUUGAUCAUAAAACAUCAUCUCGCUAACGUUAUCCUGUUUUUACAGGGUCCGCUUUCCUAACCUGAAGAUUUGUCAGGUCCAGUUUUUUACAGAAGCGACAUGCAGACCUUCUAACCUGAAGGGAAAACCAGUCCAAUACAGGUUAGGUCACAUACCUCCAAAACGCAUUUCUCGGGUGGGGUUCCUGACGAUGUUUUCCUUCACCUCUGAGCAUGUGAUAAUCAUUUAUAAUCCAAACAAAUUCGACAAUCAUUGGUUUAGGCCUGUGCUGGAGUUUCAACCUGGCGCCUCAAUGUGCGAGGCAAGCGUUCACUUCCUUACCUGUUCCCAUCGGCGUGUGUUUCUUUGAUAUCUCGUAUAAAGUUAAUAUAAUCAUAUCAGUAAACCGAUUGGUUUGUUUCAUACGGUCACGAGCAUUAAUAUGUAUACACUUUGGUACCAUGUCACAUUAACUUCUUUGACAAAUUGAACUGUAAGUCUCACUAAAUGUGAAAUAUGUUAGUGCGACAGAGUCCUAAAGUAGGUACAUUAUAUUGCUCAUGACUGUACAUAUGUAUUGUGCCAUACAAUAUUAAAUAAUGUCAUUGUAUAACCAUUAUUUAUCACCGAACGUGUUUUUACAUAAUAUAUUAUGUGUGGUUUGUAGAUUUAUAAAGUUAAAUAAUAUAUAUAAAAAACAAAGUAUAUUGAAAUGCGAUUUUUGCGGUUUUGACGAAGACAGGAUUGUGAUGUUAAAAGCAUUUCGAAUAACGACGAGGUAACAUAUAAAAUGUUAUUUAAAGAUCUGAAAUGAAGAAUUGUAACUACAAGAAAUGUUAUGACAAAACGUGAAUUAUGACUUAAAAUAUUGUAAACUUAAAUGUGACUGAUCAAGGAUUGACUAACACCUUCGGUCUAAGAUGUUCACUCAACUCUUCUUCUACUGGACUCUGCCUCAGCUGAGCAUUUUGGUAUUUUAAGUUGACGUCGUACGUCCUCGACUUGAGGACUUCUCACUCAAUUUAAGAGCCACGCUCUUGUCGAUGCAGCAUUUUCUCCAUGCUACUUUAAAGGGAAAAAUAGGGCAGUGGUUUCACUCUUGCCUUCCGGAGUAGUCUGUCUGACGCAAGUGGGAUGGGAUGGCGCCCAGAGUAGUCUAUUACAAAGCCAUACUAGGACUCCUGUUCUCCGCCUCUGAUUAGUCCUGACAGUUACUGCUGCCUUCUGUCAGGUUCCAGGUUACAGUCCCUGUGACUUGCCCCUCACUUAUCAUACUGCCAACAUAAUAAUACGAAAUUGAUGACGUCAUGCCUCCUGGAGGAAAGUCGAGGUCAGGUUGAAGCUACGUCGAUGAAUACCGAUUUUGAGCUGCAUCCGAGGUCGUCCUUAAGGUUGCCUCAACUGAGAACGGAGUCGAGAAAGAUUUGAGUUAAGAUCUUAAAAUACGGGUGUGUAACUUUACAUUUGACGCGAAUUUUAAACUAAAUGUCGACUUUUUUAUGAAAUAUGUGAAAUACAGAAUUGCGUUAUUUGAGAGAGAAUUAUAUUGCGUGAAAACUUAUAACGAACUUUACAAGGUGAUUCUGUGUUCAAUGAACGUAAUUGUGACGAAUGGAAAUUGUUAAAAUUAUUGCUAGAAGACAAUUUUGGGGGUCCCUUUGUAUAAUGUAAGGGAAAAUCGAAAAAUACGCUCUUAAAUCCCCUAAAACAUUAAACAGGGGUUGAAAUUCUUGACUUGAAUAUUAUACCAUUUUCACUUAACUACAUUUGUUGUCAAUACUUUGUUCUGCGCGUGACUAAUUAUUGAUAUUUCAUGUGCUUAUAACUUAUGACCCUGCAUCGAAUGGUACGUAAAAACAUAUACAGCCUAUAAACUGGGCACAGGCCUACGCCAGGAGGCAUACGCCAUGCUCCACAGCAGGUUGGUGGAGGUAUUUUUACGGCUAAUAGCCGGGAAAUGGUGCAGUCCUAGUUAUAAAUCGUCGUUGCCAAUUAAAAGACAAUUUUACAGAAAUUAAAGCAACUUCCGCCUAAAAUAAAAAAAAAUAAAUAAAUCAAAUUAAAAUUGAAAUAAAAUAAAAUAAAAAAUAAAUAAAAUAAAAUGUUUUGUAUGACUAUGUGUUAAAAGAUAAUUGAUAUUUACGUACAUAAGAGUUUGUACUGAAUGUUUAUGAAGCUAAAUACUAUUCGAUCCUGACAAAAAAGAAAUUUGGUGAGAGCGACACAUAAGAGAUUUUAAAUUGGCAACGACGAAAUACAUGUGUAGUUCAGCGAAAACUCUGUACGGUCACGAGUACUAAUAUGUAUACACUUUGAAACCAUGCCAUAUUAACUUUUUUGACAAAUUAAACCACAAGUCUCAUUAAAUGUCAAAUAUGAUAGUGCGACAGGGUUCUAAAGUGGGUACAUGAUAUUACUCAUGGCUGUACGAAGCUACGGGAUUGACUAAAAUACGAUGUAACGUAAGGUUUUACUGACGAGUGAUUAUUGAAGUGUAGCCGAUGAUAUAAUUAGCGUCUGUAGUCGGUAUUGUAAGCGUCUGGUUGUAAGCCGUAUUCUAAGCAAAAUGUAUAUUAUAGCUCAA